GCGCCGGCCGGCCCCGCCGCGCUGCCCCUGCCCGAUGUGGAUGAAUGUGCCCUGGGGCUGGAUGACUGCCACCCAGAUGCUAUUUGUCAGAACACCCCGAAGCUGUACAAGUGCAUGUGCAAAGUGGGUUACACUGGUGAAGGCAAGAAAUGUGAAGACAUUGAUGAAUGUGACAAUGACUUCAAUGGGGGCUGUGUCCACGAGUGUUUCAACAUUCCAGGAAAUUACCGCUGCACUUGCUACGAUGGCUUUAUGUUGGCUCAUGAUGGCCACAACUGCCUGGACACAGACGAGUGCAUGUUCAACAACGGCGGCUGCCAGCACGUUUGUGUCAACACCGUGGGGAGCUACGAGUGCCGCUGCAAGGAAGGGUUCUUCCUCAGUGACAACCAGCAUACCUGCAUCCACCGCUCCGAAGAAGGCAUGAGCUGCAUGAACAAAGACCAUGGCUGUGCCCAUAUCUGCAGGGAAACGCCCAAAGGAGGAGUUGCCUGUGAAUGCCGGCCAGGAUUUGAGCUGUCCAGGAACCAGAGGAGCUGCAUUUUAACGUGUAACCACGGGAAUGGGGGCUGCCAGCACACGUGUGAGGACACUGACAAUGGGCCUGUUUGUGGAUGUCACCCCAAAUAUGUCAUGCACGUGGAUGGAAAAACCUGCCUGGAGAGGGAAGAGGCUGCUGUGGAGAUUUCUGAGGGAAACACCACAGCAGCAGCUGAUGUGGACAAGAGAGUGAAGCGACGGUUGCUUAUGGAAACGUGUGCAGUGAACAACGGUGGCUGCGAUCGCACCUGUAAGGACACGUCCACUGGAGUCCACUGCAGCUGUCCCGUGGGAUUCACGCUCCAGUUUGAUGGCAAGACAUGCAAAGAUAUUGAUGAGUGCCAGUCCAAUAAUGGAGGCUGUGACCAUUUCUGUAAAAACACUGUUGGCAGUUUUGAUUGCAGCUGCAGGAAAGGAUUUAAAUUAUUAACAGAUGAGAAGUCCUGUCAAGACAUUGAUGAGUGUUCCUUUGAGCGGGCGUGCGACCACACGUGCAUCAACCACCCCGGCACCUUCGAGUGCUCCUGCAACAAAGGCUAUACCCUGUACGGCUUCACCCACUGUGGAGAUAUUAAUGAAUGUAGCAUCAACAACGGUGGCUGCCAGCAGCUGUGUGUGAACACACAGGGAGACUACGAAUGCCUGUGUCACUCCAACUACAAGUUACACUGGAAUAAAAAGGACUGUGUUGAGACAAAAGGUCCCUUGUCUGAYAAUGUGUCACCCAAGGUACUGCUGCACUGCACCAAGCGUGGUGGGAGCGACAGAUGCUUUUUAAGCUGCUCUCCGGAUGUCCAGGUGUUCUCUGGAACACAAGAUGCCUACACCCUCACCUGUGGCAGGUCAUCUCAGCUUAAGAAAAAGCAGCAAAAUGCAAAUGCUUCCAGCUGGCUGGAUGCUUCAGCCAUCAAGAUAAGCGUAACCUUUAAAUUAAAUGAAGGAAAAUGUAGUUUGAAAAAGACUGAGAUGUUUCAAGAAGGUCCGGAACAGAUGAUACCAGAGAGACAUAAUUCAGUAAUGGAGAGCUUCUACUAUGUAAACCUAACAUGCAGCUCUGGCAAGAAAGUUCAUGGAGCCCUCAGUAGACUGACAGCGGCUAGAGAGAUUUUUAUCACUGCGGAAUUUGAGCUUGAAACAAGCUGGAAGGAGGUGACAGAUUCGUGUGACGUCCGCUGUGCUCGGAAGAAGACGGAGAAGAGGUUCCGGAAAACCAUCCGAACCUUACGGAAGACGGUCAGCAGGGACCAGUUCCGCAUCCGCGUCUCUGGCGCGGACCCCGAGGCAGCCAGAAAGGCUCUGAAGCCAUCAGAGCCACAGCAAUCCUGUGGCAUGGGACAGGCACACCCGGGUAACAGAUGUGACCAGUGCCCCCCAGGUGAAUAUUCUCCGGAUGGCUUCAAGCCCUGUGUGCCGUGUUCCCUUGGAUCAUACCAGCCUGAAGCUGGCAGAGUCUCCUGCUUUCCCUGUGGAGGAGGUUUAACAACAAGGCAUAGUGGGGCAUCCCUGUUUCAGGACUGUGAGACAAGAGUUCAGUGUUCUCCUGGCCAUUUUUACAACACCACAACUCAUCGAUGUAUUCGCUGUGCAGUUGGGACAUACCAGCCUGAGUUUGGACAAAAUUACUGCAUUUCCUGCCCUGGAAACACCACUACUGAUUUUGAUGGGUCAACAAACAUAACACAGUGCAAAAACAGGCAGUGUGGGGGAGAGCUGGGGGAUUACACUGGAUACAUCGAAUCCCCCAACUACCCCGGGGACUACCCUGCAAACACCGAGUGCACCUGGAACAUCAACCCGCCGCCAAAGCGCCGCAUCCUCAUCGUGGUGCCUGAAAUAUUUCUGCCCAUAGAGGACGAGUGUGGAGACUACCUGGUGAUGAGAAAAAGCUCCUCUUCCAACUCGGUGACCACAUACGAGACUUGCCAGACCUACGAGCGCCCCAUCGCUUUCACUUCCAGGUCUAAGAAGCUGUGGAUCCAGUUCAAAUCCAAUGAAGGGAACAGUGCCAAAGGAUUCCAAGUGCCUUAUGUAACCUAUGAUGAGGACUACCAGGAACUGAUAGAAGACAUUGUUCGGGACGGUCGACUUUAUGCCUCUGAAAACCAUCAAGAAAUACUUAAGGACAAGAAGCUGAUAAAAGCCUUGUUCGACGUGUUGGCGCAUCCGCAGAACUACUUCAAGUACACAGCCCAGGAGUCAAGAGAGAUGUUCCCAAGAUCCUUCAUUCGGCUGCUGCGCUCCAAAGUUUCCAGAUUUCUGAGGCCUUACAAAUAGUUGGCGCUGUCCUUACAAGCUAAAGCAACCCUGGGCACGCACAGAGGGGCUGUGGUAGCUGUGGCUGCUUUCUGUGUUUUACACACUGGUACAGACACUCCAGGGAAGCUGGCCAGCUCCGUUCUUGGCAGAGUUUGGCUAUUUCAGCUAAUACAAAUAUUUUGGUGAACAGAAUUUUGAUUCCUUUCCAGAUAAUACCUUUUGGGUACCAAAGGAUACUUCACGGGUCUCCGAAUUGGAGACUGCCCAUAAUUUCUGUAACUGAAUGGCGCCAAGCAGAAGUUUGUAGAGCUCUGCCCCAUUGCUUCUUCAGUACCUCUAAAAGCUAAUGAGGACAGACAGGCUAAGUACUGUGGUUUGGGAUGAACCCUGGGCUACCAUUAAUGCAUGUUACCUCAACAAAACUGGGUUCAUGUUUGGUCUCGCUGAAAGUGAGAACAGGAUUAAUGUCUCUUAACUUUUGCUAUGCAAGAAAUUCAGAGCUGAGGUUGACGCAGUUUUAAUUCAAACCAGUGAGGCCAAGAGCUGUACCAGGUGCAAUUUUUCUCGGAACUGUGUGUGGCAUGAAGCAAAGGGUUGAAUAUUAGCUUGAGUAUCCAGGGUCUGGCUCACACUUUGUCCGUGCUAAUGAUCUAUUGGCUUUCAUGGAGUGAUACCAGAAUAAACUGGGGGCACCACAUCAGUGGAGAACAGGCCCUGACCCGCUGGACAUUUCCAUUUUGGGCUGUCUGCAACUGUUAGAACAGAUCUGAUUCUUUGCUAAAUCCCAGUGCUGUCCCUGUGCACAGACCUGGGGCAGCAAAAGGCAUUUCCAAGUUGUAUAAAAUUCUGUCCUCUGAGCCCCUGCAGGUGAACACAAGCCCCAUGUUAAAUGCAGGCUUUGCAUAGAUUGUGCUCUUGGUACACCACCAUUUUAAGCUGGGUAAAGUUCUUGUCUGAGCCUCAAUUGUUAUAUUCCCUACCUUUUUUGGGCACCUUGCCAUGGCCCUGCCGGGCAGAGAAGAGCUGCUUUCCCUGGCUGGCUGCAGAGAAGGAGAGGUAUAGUAACACAGCCAGCCUGUGGCCGCAAAGGCUGUCUGUGGCAAAUUGUUCUUCAAGAUUGCCAGGCUCUGUGUCCAGGUCCUCUGGCCACACAAUCCGUUCUCUCAGAGUAAUGUACCUUGGGGACCUUCCGCCUUGAAGGGAGAUUGCCACAGUCCCACCCAUUUGGAAAUGGACUUGUGACUUCUGCCUUUUGGUCACUGGCCACGCCGGGAGUGCAGCGGGCCCCGAACUCCCUCUCUGUGCCAUCUUAGGAAAGGUACUGCCAUUUCACAGGGCAGCCAGGACAAAUGCUCCCUUUCCAAGGUGUGUAGUCAGACCUUCUGGGUUUCAUGGCAUUGCUGUGUGGUAUUUAAUUGCUGCGUGUGAGUAAUACCACGUCCACAGCGUGACAGAGGAAACUCCCAUCAGGAGCAGGGCUCUGGAUCCCUUCCCUGCCCUGCUGGGAGCAGAUGGGUACUCCUGGCUCAGCCUUGCUGAGCUGCUGUGCUAUGGCAGCCCUGUUCUGGGGAGUGUGCGGCAAGGACACGUCUUGGCCGUGGUGUGGCGGGGAGGUACAGUGACUUUGUCCCCAGCUGGGGCAGUGCGCUGCUGGGUCCCUCUUGCUGCCUCUGCUGUGGCGGAGGAAUUGCCCUGGUCUGGACAGAGCAGGGAACUGGUUGGGGGAGGAGAGGAGGGAGAGCUGAGUCCCGGCUGGCUGCCCUGAGGCUCGGGGGAUGCUGUGGCAGGGGGACAGUGCCCGUUCUGGGAGCGGAGCUGCCAUUCCUGCGGCAGAGGAAUGAAUGGUCUGGGGCGGCGGGAGUGGGGCACGGGGAGAGUGGGCAGAGAGGAGGGGAAGGAGCGCAGCUUCUUGUGCUCUCUGGGCACAUGUGCUCCAUCCUGAGUGCUCCAUCCUGAGUGCUCCAUCCUGAGUGCUCCAUCCUGAGUGCUCCAUCCUGAAGGCUCCAUCCUGAAGGCUCCAUCCUGAGCGCUCCAUCCUGAAGGCUCCAUCCUGAGCAGAGUCCCUGCUGCGUUCGUGGGGAGACACGACAGGGGUACCUGGCACAAGGCGUGAAGCACUGUGGUGGUGGGGGGGAAACGGCUGAGGAAUGCCAAAAAAAGAGGAAGGGUGGUGAGAAAGGCUUUGUUGUGUCUGUGGUGAGAGAGACUGUCGUAGAGAGAGCCCAGCAAGGUAUUUCUGGAUGGUUUCCCCAUGUGUGUACAAGGAUCUCAGCUCUGCUCUUGCCUCACAGGCCAUUUGUGUUGCUGGAAGGAGAGGAGUGUGCACAGUCUAGGGCUGAGGAGAAAAUCUGCCCUUUCUCAGAGAAGAAUCCUCAUUGUUCCACAGGCCUGUUCAUUUCCUACUUAAAUGGCAAAUGACUCAGAAGCACUUCUGUUACCCUCGAUCUAACAUUAUGGAUAAUAUUUUCCCCUUCUACUGUAAUUCCUGUGUGUGCAGUAAAAAGGGAACUUUUGCUGCCUUACAUGCUGGGAGAAAUGAUAACUUGCAAAAUGUUGUAAACACUUGGAAUUGUAUCUUCAUAGUGAUGGUAGUGGCUCUGUAGGAAUGUCAGUUUCUACUUUCUGUGUGGUUGUAGAUUGAUGCUAUGUUUUGGCAACAAAUGGAUCAAAAAAUGUUUAACCCUAUAAAACAAGAUUUAAUUUUUGCAAUAAUAAUUAGCGCUAACUGGAUGGUUCAAUGUUACCUAUAAGACAGACAUAAGGAUCUUUUUGAUGUUUGUAAAUCAAUGUAAAAUUUUUCAGGUUAUUACUCUUGACAAGAGAAAUAAACCAGUCAACUUUUAGCUGUAUGAAGUUAAUGGGUAAUAUUUUUUGUUACCUUUGCUUUGCUAUUUAAAUAAUAGUUUUGACAAAUUUAAUGGUUGUUUAACAAGUUAUUGCACAUCAGAUACACUUUGUCCUUGGAACAUCUGCUUGCCACAGCAUCCUGUUUCGGGUAGUAUAUUACUGGUCUGCAUCUAUACCCAUAAAGAUACAAUUCUUCACCUAUUUGGUACACAUAAUUCUGGCAAUUAAAAUACCAGAAUUAUCCUGAUAUUAAUUCUAAAAAUUAUUUAAAAAAUAUCUCCUGUAUGAUGAGCUGGAGUCAAUUGAUCUGUUGUAACAAGCUGUAUGAAGACAGGAUAAACAGCUUAAAAUAACUCCAAUGUGUUUUAUUACUUUAUAGAUUCACCUAACUAUUUUCCCUAAAAAACAAAAUAAAACAAAACUGCCCCCAACAACAACAACAAAAAAAAAACCCCAGCAACAAAUCAACUUGUUUAAAAUGAAAAAUAAUUUUAAAAAUCCCUAACCAAAGAAAACAAGGUGAAAACCUGUGUUAAGACACAAGUUCCCAGAAUA